AUGUUUUUAACAAAAUUAAUAUAUCUUCUAUUAUUUUUAUCAUCAUUAUGUACAGCAAAUCGUUGGUAUCGAAUGUUCUAUUCAAAUCAUGAUGAUUCAUGUAUUGAUCGUCAUAAUCGCUAUCAACGAUGUAUACCUGAUUUUAUAAAUGCAGCUUUUCGUAAAACAAUCUAUGCAACAUCAACAUGUGGUAAUCCUAUAAAAGAAUAUUGUUCAAAUAAAAAUAUAUGUCAUUUAUGUGAUUCAUCACAAAUCAAUACAAGUUAUCCAAUUGAUUAUUUAACUGAUAUUAAUAAUCCAAAUAAUUUAACAUGUUGGCAAUCAAAUUUUAUUAAAUCAGGAGAAAAUGUUUCAUUAUUAUUAUCAUUAAAUAAAAAAUUUGAAUUAACUUAUAUUAGUUUACAAUUUUGUUCAGAUACUAAACCAGAUUCUAUGGCUAUUUAUAAGAGUAUGGAUAUGGGUUUAUCAUGGAUACCAUUACAAUAUUAUUCAGAUAAUUGUGAAGAAAUUUUUAAUAAAAGUUCACAUGGUAUAAUAACACAUUCAAAUGAACAAGAAGCUUUAUGUGUUGAUACUAAAUUGCAAUUAUCAUCAUCAAUUAGUGAAUCACGUAUUGCGUUUAGUACACUUGAAGGUCGUCCAUCAGCAUAUGAAUUUGAUACAAGUCCAGUUUUACAAGACUGGGUUACAGCAACCGAUAUUAAAAUUGUUUUAUUAUUAUCAAAUACCGAUAAAAAGUAUUAUUCUAUAGCUGAUUUUGCUGUUGGUGGACGAUGUAAAUGUAAUGGACAUGCAUCAAAAUGUAUUACAAAUAGUGAUGGCCGUUUAGUAUGUGAUUGUAAACAUAAUACAGCAGGUGAUGACUGUGAAAGAUGUAAAGAUUUUCAUUAUGAUCGACCAUGGGCUCGUGCAACACCACGUGAUGCAAACGAAUGUAUUGCAUGUAAUUGUAACAAUCAUUCGCGACAAUGUCGUUUCAAUAAAGAACUUUAUCUUUUAUCGGGUCGUAAAUCAGGUGGAAUUUGUAUACAAUGUAAACAUAAUACAGUUGGUCGUCAUUGUAGUUAUUGCAAAGAAACAUUUUAUCGAGAUCCAAAUUUACCAAUAAUACAUCCAGAAAUUUGUAAAGGUAUGAAUGAAAAACAAAAACUCACAAAACAAAAGAAAUGAUUCAAUCGAUGAAUCAAUUUAAAUUCAUUAAUUACUUUGUUUUUAAUAUUCUUUUCAUUCUUAGUUUUUCUACUGAGGUUCCUUUUCCAAUCUGUCUUUGUAUACAGAUGUUCCACUAUA